AUGAAAGGGAUCUCUCCUCGCCAAAGACUCAGACGUGUUUGCGUGUCCUCGAUGACGUCCAUCGUCCAUGAAGGAGGGCAGGGCAGGAGUUGGAGUGAGGGGAUCGAUGAAGAAACAUGCGCAGCGUGUGUGGGCGUGCUGUUGUCGAACGCCUCCCAACUCCCCCUUCUGCCUCUCCCACAAGAGGCACCCCAUAUCCGUCUCUCUUCACCACCAUCACCAAGACGGCUUGCUUGCUCGUUGCCCUUUGGUUGCUUCCUUGCGUUUCACCUGCCGCGUUUCUCCGCCUACUCCCUCUCCUUCCCUCUUGCGCUCCCGCUGACUUUCUUCCGGCCUCCCUCGACUUACGUCUGUGCGUCGAACCUCCUCCAUCGACCCACUCGCCUGCCUGACGACGCACACGCACAGCACCGUAGCUACAGGGAUACGUAUAUGCAUAUAUAUAUAUAUAUAUACGCACAAAUAGGUCGUCACACACACACACAGACACAGACACACACACACACACAGACGCACAGACACACCAGUGGAACAAAGACGACCGAUACCCGCGAAAACAUUGCAAGGCUGAGGGUCAAGGUCCAGGUUGGGCACACCGCCAUGGACUGGGAUCGACCUAGUGGAAAGCGGCGGCGCACAGAUGAGGAGGAAGCGUGUGAAGCGUUGGGUGGGCUGCUGCGGCAGACAGCCUCGCGUGCGAUGGAGCGGGUGCGCUUGCAGCGACAGCAGCGCGGCUGGGAAAGCCAGCUGACCGCUCUCUCCUCGUCUGCCGCCGCAGCCGUGGCGCGCAGUGUGAAGCCGAUGGACGUGCUUGUCAUUCGGUUCUGCAUGCACUAUUUGGACUGUAGCAAGGUGGCCGCGGCGAAUCAUUUCGUGCGGCUUGCGCAGGAGGUCGUGACGUCCAGCAUCGAGCGGGUGCUGGUGCCGCAGCUGUUCAGCCGCGAUGGCAGCUCUCUUCCGGCGCUGUGCGAAAGUCUCGUCGCAGAGCACACCGCCGAGGACAUUCAGGUGACGGUGAAGGAAGUUUCAGAGUUUGUCGAGGCCCGCGGUGCCCUUGGUGCCUGGAUCGCCGACGCGACGGCCACUCGCGGCGAUCGUGAUGAUGACGACUAUGACGACGCCGACAGCUGCGGCGGUGGCUACUACGACCACUCGCGCUCGCGUGACCGCGAUGAUGGAUACUCUCGCCUCAGCAACGAAGAGGGCGAGGACCAUAGGGCAGACGAUGACGGCAGACCGGCAAGCCCACACCAGGACGUCGAGGACUUUGCUCUCGCCACCACGUUGUGUCAAGCUUGCGAGUUUUGGGUCCGUGUACAGGCGUUUCUGAACUCCUUGUCGCUGCACAGCGCUCGCCUGCACGUCUUCGCAAUGCCGCCACGGUACGAGCGGGAGCUGCUGCUUCUUCUGUACGCUGCGACCCGUGGCGGCGGUGGCGAGGCGUCGCGGGAAGGCGGAAGCUACGGCGGCAGGACCACCCCGGUGGAGGGCGCGUCGCUAUCCUCGUCGGCCAACGCAGCGGCAGCGAAGGUCGAAAAGGAGGAGACCAUCAAGCAAGAGCCGAUGUGGGACAGUGACGAGGAGAUGGCGGCACAGGUGGUCGGUGAGGGCGGUACGGACGACGAGGGCGCUGAGCAGACGGAGGCACCGGCGGGCCCGCGUCAGCUGCAGCAGCUGUACAAGGCUUCUGCCCUGCUUGCCGACGUGCUGGCGCUCUCUCGCUGCCCCGAAGCCCCCACGGCGUCGUCUUCGUCACCUACUGGCACUGCUUCUGGUCCAGCUUUGAUCUCGUCGCCGUUGUCAGCGGCCGCGCCACAGAUCAGCGCCGAGGCCAUGCAGCGCCUCCGAGGGCUCAACUCAAACUUUUACAAGAUGGUGUACGCGCGGCUUGGCGUGAUGGUGGCGCGUGAUCGCCUCCACCGCUUUGACCGGGGUUCCGCCAUCACCCCACCCGAGCUCACCGUGCAGCAGCGCAACCUUCACGAGCAGCUGAUCCAGCAGGGGCAGCAGCAGCAGUACAAGGCAGACUUGAUGUCCGCAGCCCUGGGUAUUCCUGGGCAGCCAGAGGCCGGGCUGCCGGCUGCCUACGUGCCGGACGAUGCCUACUACGAGAAGCUCUUGCAUCAACAGCACGAUACGAUCGAUGAGGACGAGGAGGUGUACAAGGGCGAAGUGAUGGACUACUACCUUUCUCACCCCGACCGCCCCGGCGCCGCGGCGGGGUCGUCGUCGAAUUACUCGCGCUCCCGCUCGCACCACGGCGGCUCCUCUGCACGUGGCGGCGAGGCGGAGCCGCUGAUGAAGCCGCAUCGCUUCUGCAAAGUCAAGACGGGAUUCACGUGGACGCAGUACAACCGCACCCACUACGACAGUCGCACUAACCCGCCGCCGCGGACGGAGAUGUGGUACGAGUUCACUUUAUUUUACCCAGCUCUCGCGAACACGAAACGCGACAUGCGGCACAUAUUCCGCAUCGAGGACACACCCGAGGGGCCCAACGACCAGUACUGCCUCCUCGUCUUCAGUGUCGGUCCACCGUACGCCGAUGUGGCGUACCGCAUCCGCAAGAAGCAGUGGGACACCCGCCGCGGCGGGGUGCGCAUCAGCUUCGAUCAGUACGGCAGGUACAAACUCUUCUUUCGCUUCACGAACAGCAACUACCGACGCUGA